UUGUAUUUGUUGUGAGAUGAGCUGUUUGUAUGCACAUGUUCAAAAUUACAGACGAAGGCCUUGACUCACUUUGAACCAACGAAUGUUGAGACAAACAUGGCUAACUCAAUGAACACACUCUUUGUACGUCACCUGCCUGGGGACCUCAGCCCAGCAGAGAAAGAGGAUUUGUUGGGACAUUUUGGAGCAGAGAAUGUCAAGGUCAUGGGAAAAGGAGGGAGAAUGAAAUACACUGCCUUUGCGACUUUUAGGGAUCAUGCUUCCGCCAAGGAGGCCCUCUCACAGCUGCAUCAGUUAGACGUUUUAGGAAGCAGACUGAUCGUAGAAUUCGCGAAAGAAAGCCAGAGAAAGGAUUUCCCAAUACAGAAAGAUCGCAAGGUGACGGACGUGAAGGAGGAGAAGAUUGAUGUCAUUGAAGAUAUCAAGUCUGACCUGCCGCACAAACCACUUCCAUCUGAGGACAAGACUUUCAAUAAAUGGAGUCUUGAUUUCCCAAGAAACCCAAGGUUGACCUACCUGUAUCCUCCUCCUAACAUGUCAAUCAUCAGCAAUAUAGCCAACACUGUGGCAGCUUUCCCCAAACUUUAUGUUCAGGUUCUACAUUUGAUGAACAAGAUGAAUCUCCCAUCCCCAUUCGGGGCCCUUACAGCUCAACCCCCUCUGGCCUAUGAGCAGCCAGCCCCGCCUCCGGAGCCUCAGCCUGUGGAGGCAGCAAGUUCUGAGGAGUCUGAAAUAGAAAGUGAUGAAGACAGGGAGAGAUCCAUAUUUGGUCAACAAUCUUUGAAGAGACCUGCUUUGUCCAAGUCCUCCAGACCAAUAAAGGUUCCACGGCUCGUUCUGGAGAAAGAAACCCCACGACCGGUUCCCACUGGCCCUGUGUUAUUAGCCGAAGAUGUCUUUGAACAGGCCAAUCAGACAGCUGGCAUUAAGAAGAUUCAACUCAAACUCCCAGAAACGGUGGUCAAAGAAACCUGUGUACAACCAAUCGAAGACCAGGCUAUAACAGAUAAAGAAACUGUUUCCCGAGAGGAAGGCAGUGGAUUUGGAAAAAUAGCUCCAACAGAAAAGCCGAGUGUAGAAAUAGAGAUGAAGGACUCUAACCUUCCCUACUCAGUGGACCCUAGUCUCUUCCUUAAAACCGAGCAAAUCCAGAAAGGUCGGAUCUCAACCAGUGAAAUGAAGAACUUCUCCGUGUUUAAACGAUAUGAUGCAGGUGAACCAACAACAAGACUUUACAUAAAAAACCUGGCAAAGCAUACAACAGAACAGGACAUUGUCAACCUGUAUGGACAGUACGUGAACUGGCAAUCCGAUCUUCAUAAAAACAUGUUUGAUGUGAGACUGAUGAAGGAAGGUCGUAUGAAAGGUCAGGCCUUUGUAACCUUUCCCACAGAAGAGGCUGCAGGUCGUGCACUCAAAGACACCAACGGUUAUGUCAUCAACACCAAACCCAUGGUGGUUCAAUUUGCAAGGUCAGCAAAGGCUAAAGACUGAAGCGAGACAUCUAACAUGAAAUCCAGAGAAUCGGAGGAGAAGCUAUUUCCCUGCGAGGAGGAUCACCCAAGGUGAUGACCAACGGCACAGGCAUGUUGAGUCAGUCAAAUGGUGACACAGAGACAUUAAAACUACCUCAGCAUGACUUCAACAUAAAACCACCUGACGAGUGACAAGGGAUACUAAAACCAAUUCCUAAUGACAAGGAACAGGAAUGAUAUUUCCAAGCGACCAAAUCUGUUCUAAAAAAUACAGGACCAGAAUCAUGGAAAAAUUCCUAGUGAGAAGUGACAUAAAGACUACUUCCAAGAAACAAGAAUACUAAAUGGUUUUUUCAGUGACAUAAAGGAAAACAAUCGUGCUUCCCAGUUACCAGGGAUACAAGAAGGCUUUGUUACAAGGGACCUAACUCUAUCUCACAGUCAUACGAUGGUAUUAGCCCCAUGACAGUAACAAAGGGGAGACAGAAUAUUUCCCUGUGACAAGGAAUAAGAUCAUAAGAAUCAUAUUUUCCAGUUACAAAGUACCAAAAAAUAAUUCCCAGUGGCCAAAUACAUGAUACAUCUUAUUUAUUUCAAAAUUUCAAUGAAAUUAACCCUACCGUUAGCAACAAGGGAAAUAAAAGAAUAAAUUUUCACAAAUAAUACUAGAAAAUCAGAUACAUUUAGAUGUUGAAUAAAUUCUUGAACCAACAGCAAGCAUAGUUUUGUGU